AUGGAAGAUGUUGCGGAUGAGUUGCCAGAUUCUUCGCCGCGGUUUAUCUUGCUCAGCUAUCCGCUCACUUUGCCCUCCGGCCGUCUAUCCGUACCCUAUGUUCUCAUCUAUUAUCUGCCUGAGAACUGCAACCCUUCGUCACGGAUGAGUUAUGCCGGGGCAGUGGAACUGAUGCGAAAUACCGCAGAGGUUAACAGGGUUAUUGAAGUUGAAGGGGAGUCGGAAGUGAUUGAUAUCAAGUCGAAACUGUUAGGUGAAGACUAA